AUGCUUGACCAUUGCUCCAUAUCCCACAAAGGCGGCAUAGUCCUGUGGUCGCGUGCUUUCACGCCUACAGCCUCGCAGAUCGCUUCAUCUCCAGCAUCCCCUGUCAACUCCCUCAUUAGAGAGGCUCUUAUCGAAGGCCGCACAACGGAGAAGUAUGAGAAAGAUGGGUAUGCCGUCAAAUGGACGUUUGUGAACGACCUGGAGUUAAUCUUCGUUGUCGCAUACCAACGCAUCUUACAAUUGACAUAUGUCGAAGACCUCCUAACUGCGAUUAGGACGCUCUUUGUCAAGCUAUUUGAACCGUUCCUGGCGACCUUUGUCGCCUCUCUGCAUGCAAUGAAUGCCGGAAAGCUAUCUACACCUGCUACUUCCAAAGGUGUAACUCCUACAAUCUGGGAUUUCUCCAAAGCGUUCGAAGGCUGGGACAACAUGUUUGAUAAGCUGUUGAGGACAUUCGAGGAAAAGGCGGCGCAGGAACGCCGAUCUCGCAUUAGACCUCCUGUAAGUCGCCCUGUGGCGACCGAGCUUUCGACUCCCCCGUCCGACGAUCAGAGCACUAUUCCAUCUCAGACUGCCUCGGAUUAUCUCGACGAGCAGCAGAUUUCACGGAACGUUCAUGCUCUGAAGAGCCGCCUGCGUGGUAGAGGAGGCCGGAGAGGGGGGCGUGGCCUCGGACGAGUGGAGUCAGGAAGCGGAAGAGAAAGUCAUCCGAAUUCCGACUCCGACACGCCGUCCAGGUCGAAACGCAAAGCAAAGGCAAAAGAACAGCGAAAGUGGGGCGAAUCGGCACCUAGCGAAACUGACAUGGCCGCACUCGACUUCAGCAUGGAUAAGUCCUCUGCAGAUGGCAAUGGGCGAUCAGAGAACCUUGACCUGGACGCUCUGGUUGACCAGACCUCCCUCGGGACAAGAACCGAAGACGGGUUAUAUGAGAUCAAAGACUGGGAGUUCGGCAAGGGUAGCAGCGACUUUACCGACGCAGUCAUCUCGCAGGCCCUGAAAGCCAAUGGUGUCGCAAGUGCGCCGAAAGCGCAGUCCUCCACCUCGUCUCUAGGAGCCCUUGGAUCGUUGUUUGCACGCUUCACGGGUUCGAAGGUGCUUACGGAGGACGACCUGAAGCCUGUCUUGGAGGCGAUGAAGCAGCAUCUCAUGAAGAAAAAUGUCGCUAAGGACAUUGCUGACAAGGUCUGUGAGGGUGUAGGCGAGGGCCUGGUGGGCAAGAAAAUCGGUGGAUUGCAGACCAUAAACGCAGCCGUUCGCGUAGCGCUGUCCAACUCGAUAACGCGCAUAUUGACGCCCAAAACGUCAACGGAUUUAUUGCUUUCCAUCCGGACGAAGCUGAAUUCGCCGUUGCCAUCUACUCAACAGCGUCUCCCUUACAGCAUGACAUUCGUUGGGGUGAAUGGAGUUGGGAAAAGUACGAACUUGAGCAAGGUCGCCUUUUGGCUGAUCCAAAAUGGGUUUAGGGUGCUGAUCGCCGCAUGUGAUACUUUCCGGAGCGGCGCUGUGGAACAGCUGCGUGUCCACGUCCGAAACCUUAGUAUGCUCGGCGUGGACGGGGCCACUGACAGCAAGGGGCGAGUUGAGCUCUUCGAGAGAGGCUAUGGGAAAGAUGCCGCUGCCAUCGCGAAGGAGGCCAUAACCUACGCCAAAGAUCAUGAUUUUGACGUGGUCCUGAUUGAUACGGCGGGGCGGAUGCAGGAUAACGAGCCUCUCAUGCGUGCUCUGGCCAAGUUGGUUGCCGUGAAUAACCCGGACAAGAUUAUCUUUGUCGGGGAGGCCCUCGUAGGCAAUGAAGCAGUUGAUCAACUUACGAAGUUCGACAGAGCCUUAAGAGACUUCUCAGCUGCCUCAGGUGGUGCGGGCAAGGGACGUGGUAUUGACGGGAUGCUGGUCACGAAGUGGGAUACCGUUGAUGAUAAGGUUGGAGCCGCGCUGUCGAUGACAUACGUUACAGGACAACCCAUCAUCUUUGUCGGCACUGGGCAGACGUAUACAGAUCUACGGCAGUUGAGGGUAGCUAAUGUUGUCCAGGCUAUCCUGAGCGACUGAGCGGGGUUUCGGCCUCACCUCGCUCUUUUCGCGACCGCAUAUGCUUAGAAGAGGUUUAGCAUGCCGUUCCGACAAGUCGUAUUCUAAAAUCUGUGUCAUAUGUAUGCCCAUACGGACAUGUGGAUGUUCCGAUGUUAUCCCAUAUAUCUUUAGAUGUACAGACCUUGAGUAUUGUACCCAUGUGAGACCAUCCACUACUAAUUCUACAUAUUACGGGCAUGUUCUAUAGACUAAGGAGGGACACUUCAAGUGCCAAGAACAUAAUAAACAACAGGUUAAGGGUAAUGAUCCAGCUAGUAAUGUGUACAACAGAACGAGAAAUCACGAACUAGAAGACACACGACUAUCAGGUGCUACCUACGGACUUGGAAGUGGAACUGGUGUACAAUAGCAAUAUAGGAAGAAACAAGGUCCAAGGAAGAGGGAAACCGACGGGAUUGAGGGGCAGGGUUCCCUUGCAAUGAAGCACGUUAAUAGGUUCCUGC